CAUAGAAAACAAUGGCUGACAAUAGUAUAUCAAUAUCGACCUUGGGGAGGACUUGCUUGGCAGACUCUUCUAUUUUUGAGGCUAAAGUUGUUGAAGCUUCUAAGGAACACUUGUAUAUUGGAUCUGCCUCAAAUGUUGAAGAAGAAAUGCCUCAGGUUGAAACUCGAGUGAUAAUGGUUCAAGAAGCUGGAAAACAGGAAGAACUUGUAAAAGCCCUAGAGGAAACGCAAAUGUCCUAUGCAAGGAUGGAGUCAGUGAAUGAACUGGAAGGUUUGGAUUCCCCAGAAUUUGAGAAUGUCUUCGUGGUUCCGGACUUCCAGGAUUCUGUUUUUAAUGACUUACACAAGGCUGAUUGUAGAAUUAUUGGACCACCUGUUCUUUUAAGCUGUGCACAAAAGGGAGAGCCUUUGCCAUUUUCAUGUCGGCCGCUGUACUGUACAAGUAUGAUGAAUCUAGUUUUAUGCUUUACUGGAUUCAGGAAGAAAGAAGAGCUAGUCAGAUUGGUGACAUUAGUUCAUCAUAUGGGUGGAGUUAUUAGAAAAGACUUUAAUUCAAAAGUUACACAUUUGGUGGCAAACUGUACAGAAGGAGAAAAAUUCCGGGUUGCUGUGAGCCUGGGUACUCCAAUUGUGAAGCCAGAAUGGAUUUAUAAAGCAUGGGAAAGGCGGGAUGAGCAGAAUUUCUGUGCAGCAGUUGAUGACUUUAGAAAUGAAUUUAAAGUUCCUCCAUUUCAAGAUUGCAUUUUAAGUUUCCUGGGAUUUUCAGAUGAAGAAAGGACAAAUAUGGAAGAGAUGACUGAAAUGCAAGGAGGUAACUAUUUACCAGUGGGAGAUGAGAGAUGCACUCACCUUAUAGUUGAAGAGAAUACAGUUAAAGAACUUCCAUUUGAACCUUCAAAGAAACUUUAUGUUGUCAAGCAAGAGUGGUUUUGGGGAAGCAUUCAGAUGGAUGCCCGUGCUGGAGAAACGAUGUAUUUUUAUCACAAGGCUAAUACUCCGGAGCUCAAAAAAUCCGUGUCACUGCUUUCUCUAAAUACUCCAAACAGCAACCGCAAAAGACGUCGUUUAAAAGAGACACUUGCUCAGCUCUCAAGAGAGACAGACAUGUCACCUUUCCCUCCCCGGAAACGUCCAUCUGCUGAACAUUCCCUUUCUAUAGGGUCACUCUUAGAUAUCUCCAACACACCAGAGUCUAGCAUUAACUGUGGAGGGAUAAUGUGCACCAUGGAGUUGGAACACUACAUACAAAACAAUGGGGAGAGCUACUUUUUUUUAUUUCAGGUGCCAUUGGAAGAAGAAGGACAACGUGGUGGGCCUAUUCUUGCACCAGAAGAGAUUAAAACUAUCUUUGGUAGCAUCCCAGAUAUCUUUGAUGUCCACACUAAGAUAAAGGAUGAUCUAGAAGACCUAAUUGUUAACUGGGAUGAGAGCAAAAGCAUUGGUGACAUCUUUCUUAAAUAUUCCAAAGAUUUGGUAAAAACCUACCCUCCUUUUGUAAACUUCUUUGAAAUGAGCAAGGAAACAAUUAUUAAAUGUGAAAAACAGAAGCCCCGAUUUCAUGCUUUUCUGAAGAUAAAUCAAGCUAAACCAGAAUGUGGACGGCAAAGCCUUGUUGAACUUCUCAUCCGACCAGUGCAGAGGUUACCCAGUGUGGCAUUACUUUUAAAUGAUCUUAAGAAGCAUACAGCUGAUGAAAAUCCUGACAAAAGCACAUUAGAAAAAGCUAUUGGAUCACUAAAAGAAGUAAUGACGCAUAUCAAUGAGGAUAAGAGAAAAACAGAAGCACAAAAGCAAAUUUUUGAUGUAGUGUAUGAAGUAGAUGGAUGCCCAGCUAAUCUUUUAUCUUCUCACCGAAGCUUAGUGCAGCGAGUUGAAACAAUUUCUCUAGGCGAGUACCCCUGUGACAGAGGUGAACAAGUAACUCUCUUCCUCUUCAAUGACUGCCUGGAGAUAGCAAGAAAACGGCAUAAAGUUAUUGGCACUUUUAAAAGUCCUCCUGGCCAUACUCGACCUCCUGCUUCCCUUAAGCAUAUUCAUCUAAUGCCUCUUUCUCAGAUUAAAAAGGUGCUGGACAUAAGAGAAACAGAAGAUUGCCAUAAUGCUUUUGCCCUGCUUGUGAGGCCACCAACAGAGCAGGCAAAUGUGCUACUCAGUUUCCAGAUGACGUCAGAUGACCUUCCCAAGGAAAACUGGCUGAAGAUGCUAUGUCGACACGUAGCCAACACCAUUUGUAAAGCAGAUGCUGAGAACCUUAUUUACACUGCUGACCCAGAAUCCUUUGAGGUAAAUACAAAAGAUAUGGAUAGUACGCUGAGUAGAGCAUCCAGAGCCAUUAAAAAGACUUCAAAAAAGGUCACAAGAGCAUUCUCUUUUUCCAAAACUCCAAGGAGAGCUCUCCGAUUGGCCCUGAUGCCAGCCCAUAGCUCGGCGGAGGGAAGAAGUCCCGAUAAGCACACUUUGAGUCGUCUGUCUAGCACGUCAUCACUAGCAGGCAUUCCGUCUCCGUCCCUUGUCAGCCUUCCUUCCUUCUUUGAAAGGAGAAGUCAUACUUUAAGUAGAUCCACAACUCAUCUGAUAUGAAACUUUAGAAAUCUUAAAUUACAGGCAUAUAUAAACACCUCAUACUCUAGUAAGAAGCUGACUUAAAUGGUACUUGCGUUAGCACUUGGUAAAAGCUAGAAAGAAGAUAAGUAACACUAAACUAUGUUAUUUGAUUUUCUUUUUGAAAAUUUUUGAAAUUCAUGUAAAAAAUAUGUUGAUUUUGAUGUAAUUUAUCUUUUUGCUCACAUUCUCAUCUGAAGACCAGUAAUUUAUUAUUCAUUGUAUCAGUAGCUUUGUAACUCCUGAUAGUAAAAUUUAUUUGGUAUAAAUUUUACUGGUGGUGUCAAAUACUACUGUGAUUCUGUUUGUAUAGUAUCCGUGAAUGUUUAUGGAAGUACAUAUUUGUGUAUCUCCAUUUGUGCAGAGAUUAAGUGAUAUUAUUAUACUUACUAGAUAAAAACCUGCAGAGAUUCUUGAUUAAAUAAUGAGGCCUUACUUCAUUCAAUACACUGUUUGAUGUAUUUAACUGCUCUUUUUCAGUUGGUCUCAGAUGUUUUCAAGAUCCAGCAUGUGGGUUUUAAAUUCUGCCUUUAUUAACAAGUAUAACAUUUAAAUAAGAUUGUUUGAACAUAUUGUUACAAACUGAGAUAAGGAAAGAAAAGUUAUAAAAAACUGUAUAUUUUGUAAAAGCAAGACAUGGGUAUAAGCUUAUAUCUGUUUCAGUGAGUAUAUUUUGGGGGAUUUUAGCCACUAACAAAUCUUGAUUUGGUUUGAUACUAUAUUGGAAUUUAUUUCAAAGGAUAAGACCAUGGAAAAUGGUGGUAAAGAUUAUUUAUCUCUUUAUGAAAUCAUUCCAAAUUUACCAUUAGCUUUAUGAUCUGCUGUGAAGUACAUAGAUAUACAUGUGUGGUAACAUUUUAUUGUGGUCUUAGCAUUAAGUGUAAUAUUAGAAAUUUACUGUUGUAUCUUCCAAAGCCUGAUGUUACCAUUUCCAAUAGUAUUUUUGUAGUCGAUAAUACAAAAUAAUCAAGCUUCUGGGAAUAUGUGUGUUUUUUUUAAUUUCCUAUGGGAUACUGCAAAUAUUUCAUUGUUGGGCAUUUUUCAGUUACCUGCAUUAAUAGUUUAAGUGACUAUAGCUUCUUUUUUUUAUACUAUGUAUGUGCUGCUUCCGAUAUUAGUAAAUGAAUUUUUUGUUGUAUUUUAAAAAUAGUUACAUUAGCUAAAAACCUUGUAAAUAAA